GGUCGCCGUGCUGCUGCUGCUGCCCGCUGCCGGGCAAGGUCGCGCGGCGGGGCCGGGAGCGCAAGGCGUGUGGAGAUGGCUCCUCCGGGCUCGGAGCUGGGCCGCGGCGGCGUCGUCCCUCAGGGGACGACGAUGGGCUACACGGCCGACGAGAAGCUUCGCCUGGAGCAGCUGAGGGCGCUGCGGCGCCGCUGGCUGAAGGACCAGGAGCUGAGCCCCAGGGAGCCCGUCCUGCCCCCGAGGAAGCCCGGCCUGGUGGAAGGCUUCUGGGAGGGGUUCCUCAAGCCUGGCGGGCUCUGGAGGCAGCAGGUGAGGCGGGGAGGGAGGGAGGCCCAAGGGUUUAGGUCAGGCAUAGGCAAACUCGGCCCUCCAGAAAGGAACUAGUGCAAGUUCAAGAUGUCCCAAAAAGGAACUAAUUCCCAGUUCACUGUGGAAUGAACCACUUCGGUUCACCCUCAGUUCACGGUUCAAUGGAAGUUCAUCCAAAUCAGGCAUAGGCAAACUCGGCCCUCCAGAUGUUUUGGGACUACAACUCCCAUCAUCCCAAGCUUGUUACAUUGAGAGACCACCCUGGGGUGUUUUUGUUUCAAUUAUGUAUCUUUGUGUUUUUAUAUUGUGAUUUUAUCCUAUGAACCGCCCUGAGAUGGGGAGCCACCGCAGAGAAGGCCCCGUUCUCGUGUUGCCACCCUCUGGACCUCUUGAGGAGGCGGCACACGAAGAAGGGCCUCGGAAGAUGAUCUCAGGGUCUGGGUAGGUUAAUAUGGGAAGAGGGGGUCUUUGAGGUAUUGUGGUCCUGAGCGGUUUAAGGCUUUAUAGGUCAAAACCAGCACUUUGAAUUGGGCCCGGAAACUAGCUGGUAGUCAGUGCAUUCAGAACCAGGAUCGGUGUAAUGUGCUCAAACUGCCACUGAAUUCUGCACUAGCUAAAGUUUCCAAACUCUCUUCAGAGGCAGCCCUACAUAUAACGCCUUGCAGUAAUCUAACCUUGAGGUUACCAGAGCAUAGACAACAGUAGUUAGGCUAUCCCUGUCCAGAUAGGGGUGUAGCUGGGCCACCAGCCAGUGAGGCCACCUGAGCCUCGAGCAACAACAAAGGAUCCAGGAGGACCCCUAAGCUACGAACCUGCUCCUUCAGAGGGAGUGUAACCCCAGCAAGAGCAGUCGAUCUCCCACCCAUCCGGUCUAGUGAACGAGCCACUAUCAGUGCCUCUGUCUUAUCUGGAUUGAAUUUCGGUUUGUUGGCUCUCAUCCAGUCCAUUACUGAGAGAAGACACUGGUCCAGCACUUCCACUGCCUCAGCUGCAGAUGUAAAGGAGAAAUAAAGCUGAGUGUCAUUAGUAUACUGCUGAUAACCCCACCCAGCAGUUUCAUGUAGUUACCUAUUUGUUUGCUACAUUUAUAAACCCCUUUGGGUGGUUUUUGUUUUGAUUAUGUAUUUCUCUGUUUUUAUAUUGUGAUUAUAUCCUGUGAACCACCCUGAGACCAGUGGGUAUGGGCUGGUGUACAAAUUUAAUAAAUAAUAAUAAUUUAUCUUCCAAGGAGCUCAAGGCGGUGCAUAUGGGUUUCAUCUUCACAACAACCCUGUUUAUGUAUUCAUUUAUUUUACUUGCUUAUUUGCCAAUUCGCUUAGUGUGCAGUUGUUUGUUUAUUACAUUUAUAAGCCGCUUUUACCUUCCAAGGAACUUCUUGCAGCUGUGCUGGACAAGAAGGUGUGAGGUUACAACCCGAAGCCUUGCUGGAGUUUGUUCCUCUUAUGACUAACCAUGGUAUAUUGUGGCACUUGAAGUAGCCCAAAGUCUGGCGUGAAUUAAUCAUAAACUAUUUGUUUUAAUUUUUAUGAAUGGAAAAAAAUAUUGUUUAUAUCAAAGUUCUUAAGAUGUCAGGAACUAAUAAGAAAAAACUGCUUAUUUUUAGGUAUUCAAAACCUACAAAGCUUCAAAGUUUCUUGUAGUUCGGCUCCUUAUUCCUUUUUGGCUUGCCCACUAUUACACCAAGUAUCACCUAGCGGUAUGUAUUUUGUAGCAUUUUGGUAAUACAGCUUUGGGACCUAGCCAUGAGCAUAGAUUUAUGGAUAUACAAUAUAUAUAAGCACCUUUUCUAUGGUGCUUUUCUCCACAUCCCCAACCUGCCUUUUGCUGAAAAUCAUAGGUUGCUGUUUAGAAACAGACGGCCAACUUCUUAAGCCCAGGAGGCUGGACUCCCUGUCUGUGUGACAUCAUUUUCCUCCAGCAACAUCUUGGCUGUAAAGUUUAACUCCGGUCCCCCAGGUUUAAGGAGUUGAAAGGUGCCCUUCCCUUUUGGGGAACAGGAGUUACAACAACAGAACACUUUGUAUCCAGUAGCCAAGGCCAAGUCGCUGCCUGAAACCUUCAAAAUUUUUAGCAUGAUGAGCUUUGACAUUUCUAGUUACUGGUUGGCAGAUGAAGCGCCAUACAGCCUCUUCCCUUUUCUCUUCUGUUCUCCUCCCACCCAGCUUAACAAGAUUGUCAAAGCUGACUGCACUAACAGUACAUUCAGUAGGUGCUUAGGCACACAGUACAAAGGGGGAUUGGUGUAUGGGAAAAAUAUAUAGUUACACUUUUUUUGAUUCUUUUGCCAUUAAAAAAAUACCUUUGACUGGCUAAAAUUCCUCAUAUAUACUGUUGCUUUUGAAUUAGGCACUGUAGAUAUACUUGCUAUACUUUUAAGCUGCUUUCUUAAGGUGUUUUGCCUAGAAAAGGGCAGUGUAAAUAGCUAAACAAGUACAUGUAAUUUUGUCCUAAUGCCAAAGAUCAGACUGCGUCUUCCUGUUCAUGGGAGUGUAGCGUUCUAUUGGGAUGUGUGUGUUUUUCUCAGCUGUGGAGGACUUUGGCUCACUUAAGAGGGCACAAUGAGCUUCGGCAUAGCAAAAUAGUUGCAAGCUACAAGGGACUGAAAAGCUAUUGAGAUGGGACAGGGUAUAACAAAUGCCCAGAGAGCUUCCAGAAGGGCGACUUCCCUUGGAAUCCUUAAGUUUGCUAUUUUCAUUCACAGCGUCGGCCAUACGGAAUAGUCGAGACGAAGCCCAAGAUAUACCCAGUGAGUAAAAUUUGCUUUUAUUCCUUUGGCAGUCUGCUGUAUAAAGAAUUAAUAAAGCAACUACGUGGAGCAGGAGUGGAGAACCUCAGACCUGAGGGAUCAAUGAGGCCCUCUGGGUCUCUCCAUCCAGUCCUGUGUUAUGGCCUCUCAGGCCAUAUACAUCACUGUUCCUGCUCUGCGGUUUUAAGUGCUUAUGCCAGGCUGAAAUAUGUUCAUCAACAGUGGUGAUCCCUUUUGCUUGCUUUGGUGAAGGAUCAGGAGGUGUGUGUGUGUGUGUGUGUAGAGAAACUUCUGGCUUUUGUGUGACUGAAAGGUAUCCUACUGGACAAAGGCAAGUUGCUCUGCCCAUUUUUUACUGGCCAGGUCUGAUUUUGCUUCUGACUACCCAACUUCCCAAGGGACGUGGGUGGCGCUGUGGGUUAAACUACAGAGCCUAGGACUUGCUGAUCAGAUGGUUGGCAGUUCGAAUCCCCGCGAUGGGGUGAGCUCCCAUUGCUCGGUCCCUGCUCCUGCCAACCUAGCAGUUCGAAAGCACCUCAAAGUGCAAGUAGAUAAAUAGGUACUGCUCCGGCAGGAAGGUAAACAGUGUUUCCGUGUGCUGCUCUGGUUCGCCAGAAGCAGCUUAGUCAUGCUGGCCACAUGACCCAGAAGCUGUACGCCGGCUCCCUCGGCCAAUAAAGCGAGAUGAGCGCCGCAACCCCAGAGUCGGUCACAACUGGACCUAAUGGUCAGGGGUCCCUUACCUUUUUACGAAACUUCCCACCCCGUCCUGCAGCUUCUGGAGGGCUGCCCAUGAGAGAAUGGGACCAUUGAAUUGAAAAUGGUUACCUACCCUUUGUAUGCAGGGUAAGGUAAAGCACAAAACCAGUAGCACGUAUUAAAACUUUUACCUAUAGGUCAUAGAAUUGUAGAUCUUGAAGGACCAUGAAUGAGGGUAUUCUCAUCCUACCACCUGCAACCUUUCGGCCCACAUGUAUAGGGCCCUUGAAAACCGUGUGUUUGUUGUUUCUGUGGGGCUGGUGUAAAUACACAAGAGUCCUUCUCUGUUCCUGGUAUGAGAAAUACAGUUCCAGAGUGAGCAUUUCCACUCACAGAUAGCAGGUUUGGAGUAUACUUAUUUCUCUGCUCUAGGAAGACUUUGUUUUUUAUGGUACAGGUAAAUAGCAACUUAACGCGCAUUUAACUUCUGCACAUCCAGCUUUAUGCACUUGGCAAUUUUAAAAAAUAAAUAAAGGGAGCAGGUGCCCAAGAAAAGAUUUUGGCAAUCCCACCCGCCCUUGAACCCAAUGGGUUUUGUCGCUACACAAUUUUGGGUUUAGGAGCUAUCCCCGGGACACAACCCCAUGUAAGUCAAGAGUUUCCUGUAUAGCAAAGUAUACGUGGUUUUGAAAGAGUGAGUUUAGUAAAUCAGUUAUAUAGCUGGAAUUUCUGAUUUGCAAGAAAAUAUUUCCAAAAUGUGCUGAAAUAGGAACAUAAUUGGUACUGAAGAAGGAUGUGUGCUUCAUUCAGUGUCUAAAACAACUGUGUUACAACAAGAAUUAUGAUUUCUUUUAACUUCUUAGGGUGACAUAAUUAUGGAGACGGGGGAAGUAGUUCCCCCAUUGGAAAUACCCAGCAGCCAUCAUUAAGAGACUCAAGAACUUGGAAAACUACAGACGCGUGUCUGUCUUCAGGAUGUAUCAAAUUUAACAAUAAAGAUGACUUCCAGACUACUAGUACGGCUUUUCAUUUUUGAAAUAAACAUAUUAUUUCUCUGACUUGCUGUUCAGAACAGUAAUGGAACAUCCCUGCACGGCACACAGCAGUGAACAAUCUUACGAAUUAAUAGCAUUUUCUGAUAGCAUGGACCGCCUACUCCAAAGAAAGGGAUGGCAUGUGAUAAUGUGCUCAGGGUCUCUCAGUGCAAUUCUUGUAGGUGUUGCUAUUGAAUUCACUCAUUAUAAUUCUGGAUGCAGGCCAAGGAGAGACUGCAGCUUGGUUGUAUUGGGGGAUGGGGAGGGGAGAGCACAGGCUUCAACCAUCAGUUAAAACUAUUCAGGUCAUGAACAGUUUAACCAGCAUUUAAAAACAUGGCAGAAUGAACCCAUUUUAUACCUGAACAAAGCCAAACAGAAAAAGAAACUAAAGCUACACUUUAUAUUUACAUAUAAAUUAUGCUGCCAUAAAAAAUCAAUAACCCUUUAAAAACAACCUUAUAAAAUAUAGAAUCUUUUAUUACAAGGAUUUGAUAAGCAUAUGCUUCUGCUUAUUUGAGGGCAAUGUAAACUAUCGGGAUGGGGAGGAGUAAGAAUGUUUCUUCAAAAUCAUGUACUGUCAUUUGAGAUUAGUCAUUGGAAAAUAGAGCUUUGGCUGGAAUGCAGGAUGUGCUGUUCAGAUGUAGAGCGGCCCUUCAUUUUGUUACUACUCACCUUUAAUCUCUUAACAGAUUAUUGAUAUUGCAUUGUAAAUAUUAAUGAUUAUAUUGUUUCCAGAUAUUCCAACACUUCUGUGUCUGGGCUGUUAAAACAACUUCUGUGUAUGAUCACUGUCUUAUUGAAAUAAAUCCAGCGAAAAAGUUUA